AUACACAAACUAUCUGACGUUCGUUUCGGGUUGAGUUUUGGCCAAUUACUUGUGAAAAAUCUUUGUUUAUUUCGCAGAAAAUAUUAAAAAAAAAAAUUAAUAAUAAAGAAAAGGAAUAAUAAUUAGAAUAUUGUGUUGCUGAUAUAUAUAUUUUUAAAAGAAAUGUAUUGCCACGGCAGUUCAGUAUUAAGAAAUAACAUUUUGGGGUACCUCUAUUUCCUACUCGUAACAUAUAAACGUUGUAGUGGGACCACUUUUCGUGCCAAAACAAACGAUUCGAAAUGUCAUAUGACAAUCGGUUGCAUUUUCCUGUUUAUACGAAAAUGAAGAAGAAAUAAGAUAAUGUCAAAAUGAUAUUGCCGCGUAGGUGGCGCUGUGAUGAAAAAGCAGUGGCUACCUUGUACGCGUUUUCGAAGUUCGAAAUUUCGGAAACGUUCAACAGAAAAUGUCAUUCGUCGCGGUGCGGUGCGAGGUAGUUUACUCCAUUUCCACGCCAUAUUUGAUUUCUCGCAAGAAGAAAGCAAUUUUUGUGUGAAACUUAAUUUCAAUUUCGGAGUGAUAUUUGGAGUUUAACGAAAUGAGUUUUAUUUAAAAACAACGUAGAAAACUAUUGGCAUUGCAAAAAUUUAUUUUUGAGUUCGAUAUUGUGCCAUUAAAUAGAGGCCCCAAAUGGCGCAAUAUUACCAAAUACAAAACUUGGAAGAUUUAAAGCAGAUAUACGCAGAUGUCCAAGUUGUUCAUGUUGCUAGUGAAGAUGUUGGCGUCGGUAGCCAUAACCGACCCCAGCAAUUACUCCUGCCGGAUGAUCAACUAAUGUUAAAUGAAGGUCAGCAGGUAGUUUAUCAAACUACAAAUGUACCAGCACAGCAACAAUAUCAGCAACAGCCCACAGCUGCAACUACUCAAUAUAUAAUAGGAGAUGAAAUCUCGCAACAACAACAACCAGUUCAACAUCAACAAGUUAUGUAUGACCAUCAUCAUCAACAACAGCAGCAACAUUAUGUACAUGAAAGCCAACAAUUGCCGCAGGAUCACCACCAAUUGGCUCAACAGACACAACAACAGCAACCACAAUUGUAUUAUACCACCGAGCAAAUAUUACAACCGAAUUCCUUAGUACAACAGCAACAGCAGCAAGAGAUGCAACAACAACAACAGUUGCAUGUUCAGCAGCAGCAAUAUCAGCAACAGCAGCAGCAGCAACAGCAAAUUGUACAUCAGCAACAUGCAAUGCAGGCACCACAGCAAACUCAACAAAUAGUUUAUCGAAUGCAAACGCAGCAACAAUCACAAAAUCAACAAACCCAAAUGCUUAAUAAUGCACAUGUUAUAUUACAACAACCAUCGGGUCAACAGGUAUUAAUUCAAUCACCACAACAUCCAGAAAUAAUAAUGCGUCAAUCAAUGCCACAGCAACGUAUUAUUUAUAAUACAAAUCGUGUAUUGUAUACUCAACAACAACAACAACAACCUCAAUCUCAAACCAUUCUUCAGCAAUCUCCACAAACGCAUCAGCAACAUCCACAACAGCAGCACAUACAAUUACAAGCUACACCCACUACUAGUCCAAUUCACACGACAGCACGUUUAGUUCAGACGAGAGUAGGUGCUUCACCUCAAGAAGCGGCACACCAACAUCAACAAACAGCGGCACAACAAAAUGUUGUAUUUCAUCCCAUUCAAACAACUAGUGUUCAAAAUCCUCAACAGUUGAAACCCCAAAUACAACAGCAAUCCCAAAUGGCAUUACAGCAAACACCGCAACAACAUUUGGUAGCUUCAACUAUGAGUACAGGGGUGUCGGGUGGGGGUGUUAUGCGUGGGGCUAUUCGUAAUAAAUCACCACGAGGAGGUGGUACUAUUGGGAGUACUCAUACUCUAAUCGCACGUAUGCCUGUUUCUACAGUAGGUCGAGCUGUACGACCUCCAGUAGCCACACCAAUGCAGUCCCCACAAAAUCCUCGAGCAACUAGGCCUAGAGGAGGAGCAGCAGGAGGUGCACGAGCACGUGGAGCGGCUCGUGGAGCACGUGGAGGAGCUGUAAUCUCUGGUAGAAGCACACAAGUAUCCACACCAAUAGUGCAACCACAGCAGCAACAACAACAACAGCCCCAGCAGUUACAAACCCAACAGCAAAUAUCUCCAUCGCAACAACUUAUGUCGAAUACAAUGAGUAAAAAUAUUACAAUUCUGAACCAACAAGGACAAGUAAAGCAUAUAUAUCGCAACAUUGGUGAUAACCACCAACAACAGAUGCAAUUAGUGACAGGUACAUCGCAGGCGCAACAGCGUACAACACAAAUAGUUGGGGCACGUUUUCGUACUCCCUUAGUGUCCUCCAGUGCGAAUGUGAGUAAUGGUAACAACUCAAGCAAUAGUGGGGGUAGCAGUGGCAACUAUGAAUUAGAUUUAGAAGAUAGUAUUCAAGCCGUUGUGGUAAAAAAGGAUCAACAAAAACCAACUGGAUCGACCUCCAAUAUUGCUAAUCCCGUAGGUACUACUCUAACCAGUUAUUUUGCCAAAGAGGAGGAUGAUACACGUUUAGUGCGGACUCAAAACGGAGCUUGUAUCACUUUAGCUGAAUAUCGCAAACGCCAUAAUCCCAACCCUGCCUCAUCUAGUACAACUACAACAACUAUUUUGCAAAUGAAGACACCAAUACGGGCAAGCGGACCUCCAUCUUCAAAUAAAAUAUUACCGUCGCAUUCUUCAGGAAACCCUGUAAUAGUCCCGGUUGCACGAGUAGCACCUCAACCGAUUCAGUCGACUCAACAAUCUCAAGCGCCGCUGACAAUGACAACUUCGUCGUCCGCGGUACAUCGCACAUCACAUAAUAACUACGAAAUUCAUACGCAACAUGUUAUGCAGAAUAGAAAUAAUACCCAGAUGGCAGAAAAGGAUAGAAACAGUGCCAAAAUGUUGGUUAUACUCGUGUCAGGUGAACAGCGGCUCAUUACAUUCACCUUACCGCGAGAAUCGUGCACCGUUCAAGAUUUGCUUGAACAAGUAGGUGUCCCUUUUGAUAGUUCGACAACGAUACAAUGUGUAGAAAAUCCCGGUGCAAAUAUAGAUUUUGUUGUAACGGUUGGUUUUUCGGUCCAGGAAUCCGCCAGCGAACUAAUUUCUCGUGCUGAACAAACUUUGCAAAUGAAUAGACAACAGGAUGCAAUGGGUGGCAACAAUUUACCAACAACUAAUACUUCUUCAGGGGGUAGUGCCGGAAGUACAAAUGUGCCACAAGGAACUGUUGGUCAGACAGCAAUAACAAACACUUAUGGAAAUUUGACAAAUAACCCAGCUCAAACGUCCAGCGCAGUUGUUAAUGAAUCGACACAUAAAGAUGGAAAUAGCAGUAAUGUAACAGCAAAUACUGUCAAAAACAGCUCUGCAUCAUCCACUAACCCAACAGAGGAUGUUCCACGAAAAAUUAUACAAGGAUUUCUUGCUGUUUGUCAAAGCUGCGGCUUCAGCGGGUACGAUCAUGCUAAAUGUGAACGCUGUAAACGAGUUUUUCUCGAUCCACCGAAACGAGUUCCUUGUGUUAAGAACUUAGGAAAUAAUAACGCUUCAACGACAGCCGACACGAAUUUCUCAAAGUCGAUUGGCAACAGCGAUGUCGUGACAGGUGAUAAACGGCGAGGCAGUGACGCAUUAGCUCGCUCUCAAGCUAAAAAUGCGCCAAGUUCCUACGGUAGCACAGGUAGUAGUGUUUCGUCACGAGGUCGUGGCGGACUUGGCGGCACUGCACGCGGACGCGGAACACGUAGUGGACGCCGAACCGCCGAAGUGGAGCCUGUAAUUCUUACACUAAGUAGUGACGAGGAGGAUGAUGAUGAAUCGUCAAACAAGGCACCAGGAUCGUUUUCUGCAAUUUCUAAUGCUGCAAAUUCUUCAGCAUUUAAAACACAAAAUUACGAGCCAUUGACUUUUGAACAAUCCAUGCCAGAUUUAGAUGAAAAUACAAUUUACGCAGAUUUUCAAAGAGAUGAUGUGACUGAUCUAUCUAAUUGCACCGAUAAGCUAAGUACGGCGUUGCAGUGCAAAGUUGUACGAAUAGGAACAUACCGCUUUGAACCUAAAGAGCCGGUGACUUUUACAUCGAAAGGCGUUUGCCUGGUAGCUCCUUUGGUAAAUAGUCCAAAUGAUAGUUUCCCUUUACAUAUACAUAAAAGGGAAGUUGUAAAAAUUAUCGCACAUUUUUCGAAAGUUUCGGAAUCAAUGUUGUGUUUUUACACCCUACGAAAUUGUGCUCAGUACAUAAAGAACAGUUUACAAAUGAAGGACCACGGCGCGGGAAUUGAUGGCUCUGCUUAUUUUUCACCUAAUGGUCCUUAUCAAGUGCGAAAAAUAAUUUUACAAUUUAAUUCAUGUUCGGAUCAAUCACGCAAUGUAAUAAAAUCCAUUUGGGAUUUUUUCGACGAGAUCUCCGACGUAGAUGCUCAAGAUCUAUUGCAACGUGCGGAAGCUACUGAUAGACAAAUAACAAACAAAUCUAACGAAACCGCACCCACAACAUCCGUUACCACAACCCAACUGAACCCUAACGAAAUAAGACAAUUGCUUAUUUAUCCACCUGGUAAAGGUGGUAUUUCAAUUAAUACAGAAGACUAUCUUUGCCUCGCCACGGACCAAUAUUUGAACGACAUAAUAAUCGACUUUUAUUUAAAAUGGGUUCAUAAUAAUGUGAUACCAGAGACACAGCGGGAACGUGCUUUUAUUUUCAGUACAUUCUUUUAUAAACGUUUAACAACGCUGACACGCCAUCAUCAUAACCCCGACAAAGACGUUAAACAGACUGCAGCACAAAAGCGGCAUGCUCGUGUUCAAAAUUGGACAAAGAAUGUGAAUUUGUUUGAAAAGGACUUCAUCAUUAUUCCUAUUAAUGAGCAAUCCCAUUGGUUCUUAGCUAUUAUAUGCUUCCCGACGUUGAAAGGUCCAGUUACAUAUGAUACCAAUAUCCCAGUAGAACCGCAAUUACUCAAGAAACAAAAAGGAAAAAAGGUGUCACUGCAAAUAGGUAAUACGACGAUUACACCACUCUCUAAAAGAGAUAGCAGUACGAUGUUAGCUGAAGUGUGUGGAGUUGGUGAUGAUGACAGCGAGCGUGAUGAAGCAGAAGGAGACGAAAGUGAUUUAGCAUCCGAAGAUAGCGAUUUUGAUAGUGGUGCAAGCACAUCGGCUGUAUCUGCAACAGUUAGUGGAGCGGUGGCGCCUUCCAACAGUAAUACGUCUAAUAACAAUACAAGUAGCGGAGUUAAAUCGCAAGCAAUUAAACAGCCAUUAAUAUUGAUUUUCGAUUCUCUGGCGGGAGCUUCUCGAAGUCGUGUUGUUGCAACAUUGCGAGACUAUCUGACAUGUGAAUAUCGGGCGAAAAUGCCUGAUUCCACUCCUCAUGUAUUUAACAAAGAUAAUAUGCCAGGCCAUUGUGUGAAAGUGCCACAGCAAAAUAACUUCACAGAUUGUGGUCUAUACUUAUUGCAAUAUGUAGAACAUUUUUUUAAGGAUCCAAUUAGAGACUAUAGACUGCCAAUCAAACAGUUAAGUAAUUGGUUUGAUACUUUAACAGUUACGCGUAAGCGCGAAGACAUUUCGCAAUUAUUGCAACAAUUGAUGAACGAGAGAAAUGGGCCAAAUCAUCAAGUUAUUUUGCCGGAAAUACCAUUGCCCACUUCAAAUGGCCAACUUGUCGAACCCCCUGAGGGUUAUAAUAUUGAAUUCGAAGAGGAAGAAACGUGCGAAGAUGCAGCAGAGGAGGACGAUGAUAAUACGGAUGCCGAUGGCACACCGAAUGAUGCUGACGGUACUGCCAGUAGUACACACACAGAUGAACUGGUUAGUGUUAAAGUACCAACUACAAAGACGGUGACAACCACGGCCUUAGUACCUACGCAGGGACGAAAAAUUGUCGUAAAAAGGCGAAUGCAACUAGUUAGCAACGCAACAGUUGGUAACAAUAACAGCGAAACAUUAACCACAACGGCGUCAGUUGUAACGGGGGCUACCGGGGGGCAAAAUAAUCGUAGUGGGAACCAAGCUAAAUAUCGCAAAUUCGAAUAAGUUACAUAAGUCGUUACUCUCGCAGAUUGAAUUAUAAAACUCUAUAUUAGCGUUUCAAUGUGACUGCAAGAUUUGGAGCACCAACUCACCUAUUUAUAAAUAUAUGCAUUAAUUUAUAUCAAA